CCGGCUACAAAGGUUAGUUACCAUGCCAACGUAGACAGACUCCUCCAUCUAUUGAGACGCCUUUUACCAUUUAUUCGUUUAUUGUGCAGUUUUUGUUAAAGCAAGAUACUUUGUGAUUAUUUACUUCAAAUAAACUGCCAGCAGGAUGUUUGGUUGUGAGGAACGACGUUCCAAAAACAAACGUGUGCAGAGGGCGAGAGACAGAAUCAAGAAAGAUGGCGAGAUGACUACACGCAUUGCAGAGCUGGACAGUAUCUGUGGUGUGAUGCAAAAGGCUGAGUUUGAGGGCUCCACCCAGGCUGGUUCCAUGAAGACCCUGAAGCUGAGAGAGCUGACCCAGCAGAGAGAGAUUGAGCUGGGAAAGGCUGCUCUGACGAUGGUCCGUAGAGCAGCACUGCAGGCCCUCCUGGAGCAUGAGAGACAGCAGUACGUCAUAGAGCUCAACAGACUGGGCAAGACCAUCUACAAACAGAGAGUCUAGACUCUAGUCUCCACUAGACCCAUAACAACACCAAAGAUCAUCUGAAGUUUAUGCUGAAAGCCAUCUAGCAGCAAGGAUGUGUGAACAACUAUAGAAUACUUUGAAGUAUUAAUGUGAAAACAUUUACUCACAGCCAUCUACAAGCAUCUUGUUUACAAUCAGACCUUUUUUUAUUUAUGUAAAUACAAUGAUGUAAAACUGUAAUCCUAAAGAUAAAACACAUAUUAAAGUGUUUUAUCUUUAGGAUUACAGUUUUAUAUCGUUGUAUUUACAUAAAUAAAAAAAGGUCUGAUCUGUACAGAAGCAGAGUGAAUAAACUGCUUCUGUAAAAGUACACUUUAAAGCAAUUUACAUCACAUGACUCAUGUCACCUUAACAAAACAGGAAUUUGUGUGACAGUCAGGGAGGUAGCACUGUACAUAAACAAAACACAUAUUUGGUUAACAAACAGGUCUCCUUGUCAACAGCAAGCAAGACCAAAAAAAUCAACCGAUACACAGUCUGGCAUUUGUCCAUUCAGUAGAACUCUCUACUGGUCAUUUGCUUCAGUCUUUGAGGAGUAAUUAUGUAACAUAUGAGCUCACUACAUUUAACAUACUGUAUUGUAGCUCACAAUGACAGGUCCAAUCUCUCUAGCCAUAUCUGGGACACUUGGUCAUGCAGGGUUGGAGAUUCUAACACAGACUGAGAAAGUAAUUGGAAUUUCCAGAUAAACAAAAAGGAGAGCAGUUGUUGAUAAUAUCAAUCAGAGAUCAAUCCAGUUUAAUACAAUCAUUCAGGGAGACACCUCCAGAACAGAAGCACAGAAAAUGUCCAACAGGGCUCUUGGAGACCGAACCUUCAUAUUCUUAUCAGACAGUACCAAAUGUUCUCUAAAAUAUCAACCAGAGAGGCUUGGAGUCAAUACAAAAGACAGUGACUUUGCCGGCUGCUACAGAAUCACACAGUGUUCAUAAUGUCAUCAAUACAAUAAUAAUCAGUGUGUUCUCAGUCCUUGUACCUUCAGUAGCUCAGGUCUAGUGACCAUCAACCCAUACAAAAGUGAGUGUCACAAAUAGAACAUUGGAAAUCAUGUGUAUUAUAGAAAGGGAAAACAUAUAAAUAUGCUAAUCAUUGUGUUAAUUCCUGUUAACUGAAUAUUCACUUUAUUCAUCUUACAUUUUCCCAUUACCCACACGCACAUAGGGCAAUGUUAUACUCUGAUUAACACACACCACACCCAAAUGCAAUGAAGAUCAAUCAUAAAUCUAUACACAAUACAGGUCAAUCAUACAUCUAUGCACUAUAAAGGUCAAUCAUACAUCUAUGCAUAAUAAAUAUUUAAUAGACAAUUGAACCAGAUGGGCAUGCACCUGCACACUUCUUUAGAACUCUUCUCUAGAACCCUUCUCUAGAACCUUUGCAACAUUCAGAAGUCACCUCAGAGACACCCUGCUCCAUCUCUGAGGGAAUUAUCCCUAACCUCUUUCAGUCAUUCCUACAUUAAUGUACUGUACCAUAGGAUGAAACUCACUAAUUAAAAACAUGUAAUGUC